UUAAAAAAUCAUCCUAAGCUUUCUGCACAAGAAGUGGAUUGUCAUCUCUCCUUUUUGGCGACUAUGAAUAGCUUCGAUUUUGAUUUAGAAUAUUCAUCAUGGAACACCUGCGUAAAACUAAUAAUUGCCGGUUUCCUAGUUUACUUAGUUUUUUUUUUAUACUUUGCCAUCUUGUGUCAAUAUCUCUUUUUGCCACCUACAGAGUACUCUCUACCCGGGAGAAAGUAUUUUGGGAUCUCGCAGCUACUCGGGCAAUGUUUGGUGUACAGUGUACCAUUGCAGGACUCACUGCAUUACUCUUUGAUCCUUUACUUGCGUCUGACCAGAUCACUGCACAGAGGGGAUGGACUUGGUUCACUAUUUUAACAGCAACUGCAUUCUUCCUCUUUGAGAACAUAGCCUUGCAUGUCUCUAAUCUUAUGUUUUGGACGUUUGAUGCUUUUUUAGCUGUCCACCACUUUUUUGCUUUUCUGGGCUAUUUUGGUUUGAUCUUUUGCACCACAGCUGGACAUUAUUUGGCCAUGGUUACUUUAUUGUUGGAAAUGAGCACUCCUUUUACCUGCGUUUCAUGGAUGCUGUUAAAGGCGGGCUGGUCACACACUUUAUUUUGGAAGGCAAAUCAGUGGCUUAUGAUUCACAUGUUUCACUGCCGUAUGGUCCUUACUUAUCACCUCUGGUGGGUAUCGAUUUACAACUGGAAUCGCCUGGUGACAUCUGUAUCAUUGGCUUUUAUUGCAUUUUUCUUUACUGGCUUAGCUUUAGUGACUCUUGUUCUGAAUCCAUAUUGGACCUACAAAAAGACCCACCAACUGUUGACGCCUGGUGACUGGAACUUUCAACCAGCAUCUACAAAGGUGGUAGUCAAUAGUGGCGUUACCUUAAAGAAGUAUAAGUAA